CCAAUGGUGUAAUACCUUUUGUUCAUAAUUAGUGACACUCGAUAUCGAUGUAUGAUUUGCUAUAAAAAAGAUUAACGUCCUGUAUUUCUGAAAUUCAUUUGUUUCAAUUCAUCUUGGAAAAAAAACAGUGGAAAGAAGAUAAAACGGCAACAGCAUGACUGACACUAGCCAAUGUAAAGUCAAUCAGAGUUACCGUUUUAAAUGGAACAAUUAUCAAAAUCAUCUGUCUAACGUUGUGCGACAGCUUUUGAAGGAGGAUUGUAUGGUGGAUGUCACUCUAUCCGCAGAUGGUCAACGUAUUCAUGCGCAUCGCAUUGUAUUAUGCGCGUGUAGUAUUUUGUUUCAAGAAGUGCUAAGUCAAGUAACAGAAGAUUAUCCAACGAUUAUUCUAAGUGAUAUAUCUCCUCAGGAUAUAAAGUCGAUUAUCGAAUUUAUAUAUCAUGGAGAAAUUUGUGUUCCUGUUGAAAAUAUCAGUAGCUUACUUGAAGCUGCACGGUCGUUAAAAAUAAAUGGUCUUAUUAACAUAGAUGGAGUUUAUGAAAAUGAAAUUAAAGGAAAAAAAGAUCAAGCAAUGGAAGAAACUGUGUCAAGGGUAGAGGAAAUUCAGGACAAUGCUGAAUCUUUGGAGAAUGAAACUCAUGUACCAAGCACUGCUGAAAAUUGUAUUUCAAAUAAAAAGAAGAAACGACGUCGUGACACUGUAAAGAGAGAAUACAGUGACGAUAUGUUAGCAUCUGCAAUUAAUGAUUUGAAAUUAGGACAAACUUUAAUAGAAGCUGCUACUAAGCAUAAUAUACCACGUUCGACAUUGUAUAUGCGGGCAAAAGCGUUAGGCAUACAUUUAAAUGCAUCAAGGAAUGGAUAUCCUGCAGAAUGCAUGAAUGCAGCUAUAAACUCUGUGAUCAAUGGUUCGAGCUUGCAGCGUGCAUCAGAAAUAUUUAGAAUACCUAAAACUGUAUUAUGGAGACGUAUACAAAAGGAAGGCUAUCAGAUCUUACGUCGUCAAAUGAAAAGAUCAUAUGCUUUAGACACGAAAGAGGCCGCUGUUAAAGCUUUAGAAAGAGGAGAAAAUUUGACAAAAGUUGCUCUGGAGUUUAAAAUACCAAAGACUACAUUGUUUAGAGAAAAGGCACGGCUAGUAAAUCAAGGUAAAUUACCGUUAUCGUUUUGGAAGAAACGCAAACCUGAGAAUGAGGAAUCAAAGAAGUCGCGAUUAGAAGAGGCUGUAGCGGCUUGCAAAGGUGGCAGAAUGUCGCAGGCUGCAGCGUCCAUAAUGUAUCACAUUCCAAAAACUACGAUAUGGCGAAAACUUCAACAAGAUGGAAAAAAAGUGGAAAAAUCAUCGAAUGUGAAAAAGGAACGACUAACUGAUACACCAGUACUGCAUGACUCUCAGGUGAAAAUACAAGACACGUCCAAUUUCAAUUAUUGCGAGGUUGCAUCAGAAAUACCUAUAACUUAUAUAGACGAGGAUAGUAUACCUCAGGAUUCCGUCAUAAUCCUAACAACAGAAGAAAUGGAUGAGUUAAACUUGGAAGGAGGCAGACAAAUUAUUGUAAAUUCGGAGUCCGGACAGGAAUAUAUUCCAUGUACAAUAAGUAUCGAGAAUAAUUCUAACUAUUCUGAGACUGAGAGUUAGCGUCAGAAAUUUAAGUAAUGAAAAGCUAAUUGAAUAGGGAUGGGUAAUACAGAAAAAAAUGUUGAUAUUUCGUAUCGCAUAUAAUAUAUUGUAAAUAGAAAUAUUGAUAUAUCAAAAUGUAGAAUUGAUAAUUUGCGACAUUGCUGAUAUCGAUAUGGAUCUGAUAUUUUUAAUACACGCACCAAUGCGUAUCGAUGCACACAAAAAUCGAUCUUUUGCAUCGAAAGUUCGAUAUUGCUGUUCAAAUGUCGAUAUAUUGAAACAUGUGUUUAUGAUCUAUAGGCAUAUCAAGCUGGAGUUAGGGUAAGAGAUUUCAGUAUUUCAGGUGUUAGAAAUUCCGAAUGCGGUGUGCAUGUUCUUUUUUUUUGCGAUUCACUUUUUGCCUUCGCCUUUCGCUUUCUUGUUUAUCACAAUUAUCACAAAAUAAAGAGUCAUUGCAAAACAGUCGUGUCUCCUUAUUGUGCAUUAGAAGAGAAAGUACUAAGGGCACGCUUUCAAAAAGUAUUUAAACAACAAUUUUAAUAUCGAAAUAUAUCGAUAUUUAAAAUGACGCUGUAUCGCCUAUCUCUAUAAUGUGAAAUUCUCGAAUGAUUAUUGCGAUAUCGAAUCAUUUCAAUUCGAAAACUUUAGAUGGUGUGAUCUGUACACUCACCAUCUAUAUAUCUAAGUUUUCAAGCAUCUUUUUUUUUUACCUACAAUUUAAUAUUGUACCAAUGUACAUGUAUACUUACUAAAAGGUUGCAACAGAUUUUUUUCUAUGGUUUUCGGAAUGCAGCCUGCUCCGAGCGAUUGGUUUUUGCUUACUCUUCCAUAAGUAAGAACCAAUCGUCUGAGCAGACUAUUCCGAAAAUCAUAGAAAAAAAUCUGUUGCAACCUUUUAGUUAGUCGAGUGUACAUGUCGAUCGGUACAAUACAAUAUUAAAUUGUAGAUAAAAAAAGAUAUUUGAGAACUUAGAUGUAGUUUUUAUUGGCUAUAGUUGAGGGGUUGUAUAGAUAUUAA